AGCACUGCUCUGGUUUCCGCCGCUCGGAGCUGAGCCUCUCCCUCCCGGCUGAUGUGCACCCGCAGGACGCCAAAAUACUCGUCUUCAGGCCAAGGACUGUGCCGAAACGUGCACACAUAAAUGCUCUGCCUAUGAACCCUGAGACUAAGAGUGAAAAGGGUCCACAAUGUCUGAACUGUUUAUGGAGUGUGUGGAGGAGGAUCUGGAGCCCUGGCAGAAGCAAGUUCCUCAAGUUCACUUGAUAGAAGACGACGAUGAUGAGCCUAUCUUUGUUGGAGUUCUCUCAAGCAACCACAAAGAUGGUACGCCGAACCCAGCACUUGCUCAGAAGAACAGUGCAGGCAAACAAGAAAUGAAGCACGCUUCUCCUCACCCUACUGCCGGCCCCUCACCGAUAGUGCUCCCAUUGAGUGUACCUGUAACUACAGUGAAUACUGCACCACUCAGUCUGACAACAGUGACUCCACGGCCUGUUAUAGUUAAUAAUCAGGGCUUUAUUGUCACCUCUCCACAACUAACAAACAACAGUGAUCUUAUCGCUACUCUAGGGAGUCAGUAUCCUCCUGGAACAUCAUUUACAAUCGUACCAGCUGGUCAGCAGCAGCUUUUUCAGCAGGUCUCUCCAGCCACAGUUUUACCAGGUGUCGUCCACAGGCCCCAGGUGCAGCAAAUUAGAAAUAACGUUGUGACUUUGUCCAAUGUCCAAAGCCCCGCUGUGUAUUCAACGCAGUCCAAACAGUCCAACUCCCACACGAUUCAAUCUGUUUAUUUGCCUGUGAAAGACAAUAGCUGGAAUAAAGAUCAGAGUGCAGUCAAAAGAGGACUGAUGUCACAGGAAGUUGACGGUGUAGCAAAAAAAGCAAAGCUUGAUUUGGCAUCAGCGAAAGUAACCGUUAAAGUGGAAAAUGGUUUGUUUAAGAAAAACUGCCCCACAUGUCAUGAAGAAAUUCUUACAGAAGAGGCCCAAAAGUAUCACAUGAUGCGAUGCCGGGCAAAUUUGGGAAAUCCAGCUCCAUCAUCCGCAAAUGCCAAUGCAAAUAAGCUGAUUAUGCUAGUGUCAGAUUUCUACUAUGGCCGUUUCAUAGGAGAUGUACAAAAGAAAGAUGCACAGAAGACCAAUACCACUUUUAAAUGCCAAAGCUGUUUGAAAAUUCUCAAGAACAAUAUCAGGUUUAUGAACCACAUGAAACAUCACUUAGAGCUGGAAAAGCAGAACAGUGAGAGCUGGGAAAGCUACACGACAUGCCAGCACUGCUACCGACAGUACAUGACUCCAUUCCAGCUGCAGUGCCACAUUGAGAGUGCUCAUGGCCCAAUCGAAUCCUCAACCAUUUGCAAGAUAUGCGAGUUGGCGUUUGAAUCCGAGCAGGUGCUUCUGGAACACAUGAAGGCCAACCACAAACCUGGAGAAAUGCCAUACGUCUGCCAGGUUUGCAAUUACAGGUCCUCGUUCUUCUCAGACGUGGAGGCGCAUUUCCGGACUGUCCAUGAAAACACAAAGGACCUGCUCUGUCCUUUCUGCCUCAAAGUUGUCAGAACUAGUCACAUAUACAUGCAACACUACAUGAAACAUCAGAAAAAAGGGAUACAUCGUUGUGGAAAAUGCAGACUGAACUUCCUCACCUACAAGGAAAAAGUAGAGCACAGGACUCACGUCCACAAGACCUUCAGGAAACCUAAGGCCCUGGAGGGCCUACCUCCGGGUACAAAGGUUACCAUCCGAGCCUCCUUUGCAGGAAAGAUGCCUGUAAAUCCAGUAUCCCCGGAUCGCUCAGCUGUUACUGUUGGCAUGGAAAUGCCAAGUUUCUCCCAUAGCACCCAAAAGUCUUCAGUCGGGGGAGGACGGUCCAGAACAAAUGACUUUGGAGCAGGAAGAUCUAAAAACAAGACAGAACAGAACAAGAAGCAAGAACGUCGAUUUUCCAAACACAACUUGGCACUGAAGGAUCUCAGUGUCGGUGAAGGAUGCUACACGUGCAUUGAGUGCAACGGAAAAGUCGACGACUUCUUUGCACAUUUCCCAAUGCUUUCCUGUUGUGGAGCAUGCAGCUAUCGGACAAGUUGUAAAAUUUCCAUUGGAAAUCACAUGAUAAAAUUUCACAGUAACAUCAACAAACAAAGAUUUUUGAAAAUGUCCAACAAGACAAAUGCUUUGCCAUCAAGAUUAACCCUUGUUUGCAUCAACUGCAAACUCCUUGUCGAGGCAGCGGGUGGUGACCUGAUGACUAAACAUUUAACUGCGCAUCCAGAUCACAUAUGCCAAGUCAUUCAGGAGAAAGCUUGCCGUCGCCUUUUGACCCCGGAAAUGGCUGAAAGAAGAGAGACGAAAAAUGUAACAACGCAAAAAACCCCCAGGUGUGUUUGGGAAUGACUGGGGCCAGCCUUUUUCCUGUAGUAACCUCAUCCGAAGAUGAAGAUGAAGAUCUCAUUCAGCCUGAAUGGGUUCUGGACCAGAGUGAUCAGGAAUAUCUCAUACCACCAGACACGUAUGCAACACUUUUGUCUAUGAUUAGCUUCUUAUUGACUCGUUAUUGAUUAGUUUUUGGUGUAAAAUUUUUGUUCUAGCUUUAUUUACUAUACUGCAUGUCAGCUAAUUUUGUAAACUGACAAAAACUGGUUUAAUUUAUUUAAUGAGCUCAGUACAUGGUAGGUUUACUCAAACUUAUUGUUUGGAGUCGAUUUGUUUCAAUAGUGGGUCAGUGUACAAAUAUAUAUUUAUUAUUGGCUAUGUAUGGUAUUUGGUUACUAAAAAUAUAUAUACGUUUUAUUGGUGUAUUUACAUGUUUGUUUAUUUUGCAUUUGGUUUCACAGUGGGAUGAUGACAGUGAUGGAGAUUACAGGUCACCGUGUAGGCCUGCUUGUGGAUCAGCAUCUUCUCCAACCUUGCACUUUUCAUCAUUUACAUCGACACCCACCACUCAGCCACAAACAGGUCCCUCCAUCCAAUCUUUUUCUGCCCACUGGCCAUGUCAGGGUCAACUACAUCAUCACCCACUACUCAGCCGCAAAGACACUCCUCCUGGCGAUGUGCAUCUGCCCCGCAUCUGCCUAAAUUGUUAGGGUUUUCUACAUGGACCCCCACUUUUCAGCAAAAGAGAGGUUUCUCCUGUCGAGGGGACUUUUCUUAUCUUCUUUGGCUAUCAUCAGAAGAAGACUCCACUCUCCAGAAUCCAAAAGAAAGCCGAAAAGGCCACACCAAUCAGCAUCUAAGCGUAUUCGAGAGAUGUCUUUCACUUUAACAUAAAAAGGAAGAUACAAGAUGGCACUACAGAGAGGAAAAAGAUAACCCACCAAACCCGCUUGAGUUCACACCUCCUGGUCUCCUUUAUCUUAGUUCUUUUUUCAGUAAUUCCACAAUCCAGACUAUGAUUGACAAUAUUAAUGCAAAUGCAGAAACACGAUUACAGUCUGGAAAGAAGUUUGUGUAGAAAGCCUUGACCAUCAGGUAGUUUUAUAUUUUUAGGGCCAUUCUAAUUUUCUCAGGGUCUCAGAGUAAAAUGGCCGUAUGACUUCUCUUUCCCUGGUGAUAGAAUGACCAGGGACCGCUUUGAAGCCAUCUUGUGGUCACUUCAUAUCAGUCAUCCAAGUGAUGAGGAGAAUGAGAGGAAAAAGGGCACGGCAGAAUAUGACAGGCUUUUCAAAACAAAGCUUCUCUACAAAGAGAUUCACUUAUUGUAAGGCUCAGUUUCAGCCAUACCAAAACAUUGUCAUCAAUGAGAGGAUAGUGACAUUGAAGACCAGCAUGAACAUGAAAGAUAUGAAGGACAAACUCACCAAGUGAGGAUAAAAACUGUUUGCUUUAGCUGACUCCCAGACGGGGGGUACACUUGGAACUUUUUUGUCCAUGACCUGAGUAUUCAGCUGUUAUGGACUUUAUGGCAUUCCCUGGGGUUGAUGGUGGGUACACGUUGUUUUUGGACAAUUCUUUCACUAGUCCUGUCCUUUUUCAGGAUUUAUACCACAAAAUAUAAACUGUUGUGGCACCAUUAAGAAAAACUGUCGGUUUUCCACAGACUGAGUCAAAUGACUGAUAGGGCAGGUUUACGGUGGAUUAGAAAAGACAGUUUGCUUUUUGAGAAGUGGAUGGAUUGCGGUGAAGUAACAAUGUGCUCAACAGUGCACGACAGUGCACGACAGUGCACAUGUGCCUGGUCCAUCUCUGCCUCAAGCUGAAACUGUUUUUUGCAGUGGCUCAAUGAAUAAUAGUGUAACAACUACUUGGUGUGUUUUUCAAUUGUAAAUAUGUACCAGUAUUAAAUUUUUGAUUUUGUAAUGUAAUCAUUGUUUAAAUUUUUCUGGAAAGUCUUGUGCUAUUGUAAUUUUUUUCACUUUGUUAUAAUAAAUCUGCUCCAGUUGGAGUCAAAGUUCAUAUCCUUGUAUAUGGUUUUCUUAAAUGAAUCUGCAUUCACGCACAAAAUCCCCCAUACAAAUCCAAUCAAAGAAACAACUUUUUUAGUUUAAAGGCGGGUCGGGAGGUUUAAAUAGACCAAGUUGAAGCAUGAGUAGAAUCCCAAAAGGUCAUCUAAAAUGGCCAGUCUUGAUUUCUAUUUUUGUUGGUGACUAUUUGUCUUUUAUGUAUUUUUUUCUAUAAUCUCAUACUUUUUUUUUUCUUGAGCCAAAGUUUAUUGAAAUGUAACUUGUUGUUUCUGAGAUGUACUUAUUCUAAUCUGAAGAUCUAGCAUAACAAGGCUUGUUUGGAUUUGGUUAAAGUUUUUCCUUGUG